UUGAGGAGAGCUGGUUGGCUAAUAAUGAGUCCCGACCGUCCAUUUGGUUUAGAUACGUUACGUUCUAAUUCACUUCCUUCGAACGAACGUAAAUUACUUACCACUUAAAUAUCCGCAAAAACUGGUACAACGAAGCAUGGGUGGAUCGCACGCGGACCCUAACACUUUUAUUACCCUUUUUAAGAUACAUUUCAAGAGAAUAAUAUAAUCGGCUACACCGUGGUUCUAAGAAGUACAAGUCCUUUAGCCUCGUCACUUUUCCAGCGCCCAUGAAGCUUUAACAAUCUCUCAGAAACGUUAUGCGAGAGGUCGUUACUAUAGAGGUUACCCCACCAGAAUGUAAACUAUGGAGGCCUUAAUCUUUGGGACCAUAGCCCACAUCCUUUAAAGCGUCCUUGAAUAUCUCCCUACAACGAGUGUUUGAUAAUUUGGCAUUCCUAAGGGUAUACCCUAACUUCUUCUUCGUUAAUGGCCUGAACAAGGGCAACUGAUUAGAUAGGUCAAUAUCGGCUACUUGGAUAUGCCUACGCAAUACCGCCACAGGACGAUAAUUACUCUCUAACUUAGAAAUAUACACAUAGUUCCCCCUAUACACAUCUGUUUUACUCUUUGGUACAAAUACUUUAAAAACCUCAUCGUGAAAGAAUAUGUGGUUGGGCUGAAUGUUACCUAAUUCCGUCAAUAAAACGAAAAAAUCCAGCAAAGCUUGAGGAGGUUACUGCCGCAAUAGGUGAGUCCUUCAGCAAUGCACCAUCAGCACCAAAUCUGUUGAUAAUUCUUUUAACGACGUCAGCAUCAACGGGUUUUUUCUCGCUAACUGAAAGGCUACUUGUUCUCCUGGCAUACGCAAUCAUGCUUCUGCAGCAGGCGUUGUCCAAAGGAUUAGGGCCGUCUCAGGAGUGAAAGAAUGUAGCCAUUUAACCGCGGCAUGGAGCAACACCAUUGAGGCAGGGGAUCUAAGCUGUUGAUCUAAGUUAGAUAAAUAAAGGGCGACCACGGGGACACAAAAAGGUAUCUGAACAGAAAUCUGUCUACUCUUACACCACAUGAAAAACUUUUUAAUUUCUUUGAUGUACUUUUUCGCAGUAGGAUUAGCCCUGGAGUUAAGCAAGACACAAAAUAAGGAAUUGCGGUAAGGCCUAAGAGCAGAAGGGAGUUACGUCCAAACUUUACUUGCAAUUACGACCUGCAAGAAAAAUUAUAAAUAUAAAGUUUUAUAACAAAGGAAAAGGAAAGGAAAAUAAUACUUGAGUCAAACGACCUAACAAAUAAAACACCUAAAAUACAUACCAAAAGAAAAACUAUAAACUCUAUAAUAUCGUAAUGUAACGGCGCUGGGCAUAAAUUGACCACGCCUAAAACUCCUGACCCAAAAACAAAUGCCCGACGGUCGCAGGGAUAGACAAACCUGACAAAACAUGGAGGCUAUAGAAAAGGCGUGCAAAAGAAGCAACAUUUAUAACGCUUAACUAAUAGCGUGGCGAGAAAGGCUAGCAAAAUUUUACACAUGUUCGGCCACAUUGUCUAACACACAGCGGAUUCAAAGUCAGCUCGUGAACAUAAAACGGACGGACACGGCUGCCCUGCACUAAGCUUCGUGCAAUAUGCGAGGGAUAAAUCAGACCCUCUUGGCCCCUUUGGCACACUCAAGUGCUUCAGCUCACAUUCCUGUGAGCAAUUUCCGCUGCAUAUGACCAUUGUCAUUUCUCUAAACACAUCCAUCCUCCUCAUGACCAGUGUCACAUGACUCUUGAAAAUCGAACCACAGUAACCCUUUAAGUCAGCUUUCAAAUAAACGAAACGCGCGAGAAUUUCUUUACAAAUAAUCCAGUGUAAGGGCGACAACGUUGCCUGUAAAAUGUACGGAGCCCAGGAACGAAUUCAAAUUUCUUUCUAAAGUGAGACCCUCCGUUCCAUUCUGUAGGAAACAACCUUUCAUGAACCGCUUGUAUUUACUUGUAAGUAGAGGCCAGAAACUGGACAAAGGCCAUAGUGGUAUCACGAUGGUAGCCCUCCCCUUCAGGAGACUCAGAUAAUGGAGGGCAUGAGCAACAAGGGGUACCGGAGAAACCACUAAAGAGCUCUCAGACUCUAGAUUUUGAGCAAAAAAGUCCACCCCUGAUGUCGCCGGGUUCCAAACACGGGAAAUGAAUCUUGGUAGUUUCGCUGUAUAAAAGUUAGCAAAACAGUUACCUGUGUGCGGACCCCAUAACUCUUCUAAACGGAGAAAAAAUUCCGGAGUAAUCUGCCAAUCAUCAAAGUCAAUAAGACGACUGAUAUAAUCUGCUUUCUCAUUUUCCGUUCGCAGGAUCUACUGGAUCUCCAAACGAAUAUCAUGCUCAGCGCAAAACUGGAAAAGUUUGACAGCUAGUCUAUGCAGAUCUAACUUAAUACUUCCCUCUUCGACAAUUUUCGCAGCCUACUGACUAUCCGUAAACCACUUGACGAGGGAACCCUCCAGAACUGGGGCAAAUGAUUAGAGAGAAAAAUCAGUGGCGGCAAGCUCUCUCCGAAUAGAACGUUUGAAGCAUUCGGAUGGUUCCCAAAGUCUAUGACGAUAUGCUCCUCGUUAAGGGUGAGGACUGAACCACACCCAGUAGCACUCGCAUCGGAAUAAACGAAAAGCUUAGGCUUAUGAUUGAGGAAACAAUCCUGAACCUGGAGGGAAUUAAAAAUUUGUUCUUCAAAAGCCCAACUCUUCAUUGCAAUACUGAUCUAAUUCAAUUUUCUCCUUCCAAUGCUGGACACUUAAUGUAGACAAAACGUAGUGCCUAGUCAAGAUUCUGGAGAUACUCCCGGAAACUGACUGGUGAUGUAGAAAUAAUUUGCCCCGUGAAUGACGUUAAUUUUCUAGCAGAAAUAACGAAGCCAGAGUCAACAAUACUGUUAAUAGUGCUGGGUAUUUUGGCAACCUCCUAUCGACGAUUUCAAUGGUUCCGCGAGCACUGUCCCAUGUUAGACCCAACCAAUCGAUUCGUUGGUAAGGUUCCCAUAUUUAUUUCUCGUCAUUUGUCAUAUAACCUGCCUCACCAAGAUCAGUUUUUACUGUUUUAACUAUGCUACUACACGCUUGGCGAUCUCUUUCUAUGGCCCAGCCAUCAUCAAGAAAAAUAGCAAUGCAUAUGCCCCAAUGUCUCCGAUGUUUUUCCAAAGUCUUAAGCGUUUUGGUGAAAAUGUGAGGCGCAGACGAUAAACCAAAAGGCAAAACUGUAGACACGUAAAACUUUGUGAAAUUAGAGCUACCAUGCUUCCAAGAGAAACCGAGGUAGGUCCGCCCUUCAGAGAAAACAUAAAAUCUUCUAUCAUAAAGUGGGACAAUACAAUUUUCCCGUCUUCAUAUUUGACGCGCAUCUUUCUCAGACGCUAAUUAAUGUAUCUUAAAUCAAUAAUGAGCCUCUUUUCGCCAGUGACUUGAACGGAAACUGACAAGGGAUUGACCACCAACGGAGGUACGACAACUUCAAGAACACGACCCGACUCAACUAGUUCACGUAUAGCAUCCUCAACAAAUUCAGCAUCGGCAAGGGAUGAUCUGUCGUUUUUAACUCCUGCAGUUUCAGGAAGACUAAGCAAAGGUAGCAUGUAUCCUCUCUCUACAAAAUUAAGAAUAAAUUUCGAAGUUCCAAUGCGUUUCCAAAAUUCUAGUUUUCUUCGAAGAUUUCUUUUAACAUUUACAGGUGGCGGAUGGUCAGUCAACUCAAACUCAAACAAUUCGCUUUCACAAUGUACCUGUGCAAUAUCCGAAACUUCCUCUUCAAACACCUCACUGCUUAGGACCGAGGUGGGGUUGUAUUCCAUUUCUGGGGCUCGACCAAGCGCUGGUACAGUCUCUUGCCCAAUAGUCGAGCUUAAAGCAUCUGAAACAUCGUGCGCGAUCCAUGUAAGCCUCUCUGCCGCCUGGAAAUAAAUGAAAACAAAGGCAGUAUCAGGCAAUGGAUAAACAACAACAGAUUAAAGGAACAUAUCUGAAAGAGGGUGGGCGGGCGAGUUAUACUCGUGCAUAACAGAGAACGUGACCGGCUCGAAGGAGGGUAGGAGGGUAGGGUUGCAAGCGAAAGAGAUUGAACGAAACUGCCGUAAAGUAUAAAUAGAAAGAAAAGACCAAUCCUCCAACACCUAACACAGAAAAUCCAGUGAGGAAUGUGACGCUAAAAUACCAGCGGAAAAUGCAUGCACCUGAUCACAUUUGCCUUGCUUUCACAUUUGCCGUCCAGUAAUGACUAGCCGGCCCUAGACUGGGAACGAUUCACCGACCGUUACGACAAUUCGCGGAGCCAUACAUGACGCAAAUAAUGGUCAAAUCAAGAUGGCGGCAACAGUUCGGAGAGAAACAUCUUGGAGGCGUCGUUGGAAACCAGAUCUUAACUCUCAACCAUGGAAACCCUUUUUCAUAUCAGACAAAAGUUUUCUAGUCAAGUCGAUGUUCGUGGAGAUGGACAGCUCCUAUGAAUUUUGCUUGUGGGAUUCCAGCACUUUCUGGCAUGAGAAAGUUGAACAAGACAUCUUCAAGCGACGAACAAAGGAGCUAAAUCCAAAUGUUGAGGCGAAACUGUCAUACUUACUGAAAUUUGUACAGAAAAGUGUAGAAGAAUGCAAUCAAAAGGAAGAAUCAACAUUUACAAUAAAUGAGGAGGCUGAUGAUCAAUUGAUUGUGAAAAUGAAGACAAAGCUACAGGCAGGUGUGCCAUUUGUUUGGGAGUUCCACUGUUCAGUCGGACAAAAGGACAUGGUUGGAUCACAGCUGGUUCAGCCAAUGUUAGCCAUGAUUAACGAGUUACAGAGACGUCAAACUGAGCUGUGCGUUCUGCUGAGGAAGAAAGAUCUGGAGAUUUUGGAUUAUAAGGGUUCAGGAGUUCGCUUGUCAAGAAAAAGCCUUGGAACUACUGAGUUUGAUGAAAACUCCUUCAAAAGCAAAAUGAUUCUUUCAGCGGUAUGUCAGUUUAGUUGUUGAGUACUAUUCAUGCAAGAGCUCAAUUUGCUUUUUUAUUCACAAGAUAUGGUAUUAAAAGUUAGCAAAUAAAAAUGACAUUAAGCUCUUGUUUUAAAAGAAGAAAAUAAACGAUAAAAUACGUUGAAAAAUGCUAAAUCAUGUACUACAGAAUUACAAUUGAAUUUCAGUUUUUCAUGGCGUCUGAUUGGAUCAUGGAAUCCUUUGUGUAGACAUCCGAAGAUGUUUGCAAAAUUUUCGGAUAAUACUUGGUUAUCUUCGGAUGUCUUCGGUCAAGCGUCAGCAAUCUUUAGAACAGUAUCACUUUACUUGAGACCAGUGUGAAUUUUAUUCGCGGAUUAAACACAUCUGUUAAAAAGCUUACUAAGUAAUAAACGUGAAAUGUUGGCUAAUUAUUUUGUGGGACACCUCGUAGAUUUGUACAUUGCGUUAUGCAUAGACCCUUUUCAUAAAUGUGCCUAAAUUUGAAUAACAAUACUUAUAUAUUCAUGCGAAAAAUCUUUUGUUUGCAAGCAUAAGUACGAGGCGAAGGAGUAAGGAUGUACAAAGUAUUGUCAUUCAAAUUUAGGCACCAUUUUUUCAAAGUUUCUAUCGCUAUUCAAAACGAGGUUUUUCAUUAUCAGUGAGUCGAAAGUACUUGUUUGCCGCGCUCUGUGAUUUCUAGAAAUAACGUCAUAAAGAGCUCUAACCAAUCAGGAGAAACUUGCUGUUUAUAAGCCAAUCAGGAGUCGAAAAAUAAUUGCGUCUGGAGAUACACCCGUUUUCCCGCGUUCAGCGUCGUUUGCAAGUUUUUUUAGUUUGCCUCAAGGUCUUAUUAGUUCGUAGAUCUUAAACAGUUUAAUGUGAAGUGUCAUGAACAAACUGUUUUAACUCCAGCCUGGCUGGGUUCGCUGUGUUAAACUCUUGGGCAAGGCAAUAUUUCUCCUUUUUCCCCAGAGGGCUAUGGGCCAUAUAUUUAGGUAUCCCAUGUGAAUCAUAGGGCAAACUUGGCUCAUAUAUUGUGAGUUAACUACGUUAAACUAGCAUUCCACACAGGGGAAAUAAACAUUUAUAAAAUUGCAGUAUUCAGAGAGGAAGCCACAUCGGAUUUAGCUGAUUUUCAUGCGGGGUCGAAUUGGAAUUUGGAAGUGUUGGUUUUUGUGGAGGAAGGAAAACCGGAGAACCCGGAGAACACCCCUCGGUGCGACGAGCGACGAGCGACGAGCGACGAGUGGGGUCUGGUAGAGAGAAAGGGUAGGUCACGCGCCCGUCCGCCCGCGCCUUCUCAUUUUUCUCUUCCAGACCUCGCUCGUCGCGCGCUCGCUUUUUCGAUCGUCCCCACUGACCGAGAGCCUGGAACAAAUAAACUCAGUCCACAUAUGGCACCAGGACGAAAUCGAAUUGGGGUCAUUGGUUAGGGUUGAACGCUCUCACCGCUACGACAAAAUUCUUAACGAGCCAUACCGUAUUUGGGGUAUCCUGAAGAGCGAGUCAAAUUACAAAUGGCUAGUGCAGAAAAAAAAUGUCGAAGGCAAACUCGCUGAUCUAAUGAUAAAACAGUUGAAGAAUUCGAUUGUAAUUAUGAUUUGCGUAGUUGUGAUUAGGUUGGUUUUGGUUUCACAACAUUCAAACGUUAAAAAACUCCUUGAAAUCAGCUAUGUCAGCCCUUUCCAACGACAGGAAAUUAUCAAAUGAAUAACGUAUAAUUAAGAUUACGUUUCUAAUGCAAGAGAGUAUGUGAAAGGCCUUAAAUUUCACAUCUUCUACAUAGUCACUUGCAUACUUCACUAUCUACGGGUACAUUACGAACAACGUGACCAGCUCUCAGUUAGCAUCCGUAUCGCAUAGGUCAUGGGUUCGAAUCCCGUUCAAGCUUCAAUU